AUGAAUUCUUCAAACAUAGGCCAGAUGCCAGGUAGACUUGGUGCUUCUGGAUUACAAAAGUGCACAACAGCUAUACGAUUGUUAGCAUACGACACAUCAUUUGAUUCAGUGGACAAUCAUCUACGAAUUAGUGCGUCUCUUGCAAGAGAUUCAUUGCAACUUUUUGUUGAAGGUGUUGUCUCCCACUUUAGUGAUGAAUAUCUGAGACAACCUACUGAAAUAGAUUAUUAUUUGCAGCUGAACAAUGGGGAUCACCUGAUGGGUUGUAUUGAUUGCAUGCACUUGCAGUGGAAAAAUUCCCCGACUCAGUAUAAAGGAAUGUAUUCUGGAAGACCUGGUAAGCCGACAUUGAUUCUAGAAGCCAUUACCUCAUAUGAUUUGUGGAUUUGGCAUGCUUUCUUGGGAACACCAGGUCGUGCACCUCCAGUUAACUAUGUUGUAAAUGACAACCAAUACGAUAUGGGAUAUUACCUCACCGACGGUAUAUAUCCUCGGUGGGCAGCUUUUAUACCCAGAAUAAACCUUCCACGGAAUCAGAAGAAAAGUCUUUUUGCCCAAUGUCAAGAGGGUUUACGAGAAGAUGUGGAACGUGCAUUUGGAGUAUUACAAGCUCGAUUUGCUAUAGUUCAUCAAUCUGCUUUAGCUCAUGAUAGAGAGAUGUUAGGGAAAAUAAUAAUCGCUUGCAUUAUUAUUCAUAACAUGAUAGUUGAAGAUGAACGAGAUUCAUAUUCCCGUCAUUAUGAUCCCAAUGAUUAUGAGGAACCUCCACGUCCUAGUUCAUGUCAUCAAAAUACGCCAAAUGUCGAUGAACCUUUUAGAUACAAAACUAGUGAGAAUCGCAUUGCAAACUUGCAAACAUAUAUGACUAAUAGAGUUCGAGUUCGUGACAACCCCAUGCAUGAUCACUCAAGUCAGACCUAG